ACGAUAACAGCCGAUGAGCUUGGGGAGUUGUAUCCAUCGAAGUCCACUUUGCGAACGUUUGGUUUUUCGUUGUCCGGGGGAGUUGAUUUGGAUGGAAAUGGAUAUAACGAUUUGGUGGUGGGUGCAUUCGACUCUGAUUCGGUGAUCGUUCUACGAGCACGACCUGUCAUUAAUAUUCAGACGAAGCAUCUGGAAAGCGAUCUCAAUGUUGACAUUGAUGGCGAUUCGUCGUGCACGAGAGGCGCUCAGACUUGGUGA